CGGGAGAGGCACCAACCCAGCCCGGAAAGCCUGACCUCCAACCGCCUACCUGAAGCCGGCCCGACGCAGGAAAUCGCCGGGCCGUGAGAUCACCGCCAGCUCUUCCGGGCGAGAGGGGGGACGCGCAGGUGUGGCUGACCGGCUCCGUCGGGAGGCAGCGCAGAAGUCCGGGCGCGAUGCGGGGCAAGGACGACGAGUACGACUACCUGUUCAAGAUCGUCCUCAUUGGGGACUCGGGCGUUGGGAAGAGCAACCUGCUUUCGCGCUUCACCCGGAAUGAGUUCAACCUCGAGAGCAAAAGCACCAUCGGGGUGGAAUUUGCCACACGCAGCAUCCAGGUGGACGGCAAGACCGUGAAGGCCCAGAUCUGGGACACGGCUGGGCAGGAGCGCUACCGGGCCAUCACCUCUGCCUACUACCGAGGGGCAGUAGGUGCUCUUCUGGUUUAUGACAUCGCCAAGUACCUGACCUAUGAAAACGCAGAGCGCUGGCUGAAGGAGCUGCAGGACCACGCAGAUGCCAACAUCGUCAUCAUGCUCGUGGGCAACAAGAGCGACCUGCGACACCUGCGGGCUGUGCCCACGGACGAGGCCAAGAGCUUUGCAGAAAAGAAUGGCUUGUCUUUCAUUGAGACGUCAGCUCUGGAUUCCACCAACGUGGAGACAGCCUUUCACAACAUCCUGGCAGAAAUCUACCGGAUCGUAUCCCAGCGACAACUUGCAGGAGGGCAGCCUGAGACAGAGUUCAGCCAUGGGACCACCAUCGAGCCCAUCAAAGUCUUGCCCACCCAGCAGGAAGCGAGGCAGACCCCUUGUUGCCAGAACAUUUAACCUGGGGUGGGACACUAAGGGAGGGGGCCUUUCCCUGGCGAAGGGGGGGGGCAGCGCCUCCACCAGGUGCCCGGUCUGCUCACUCUGCGUCCUGCCCACCCACCGUUGCCCCACACUGCUUGAAGCUACCCCUUGGCUGCAGCUGAGCCCCCCACCCCCACCCCCAGAGGCUGCCCAGCCCUGGAUUCUCCUGAGGGAGGGGCUGCUCCUCAGCCGCCUAGGGAGCCGCUGACCAAUUUGGGGGAGGGGGGGGAGGAGGAAGCAUGAAGGAGGCUGCUGAACGGCCCCCGGAGGUUCUUGUGGAGUUCCCCAACUCUUUGCCCCUCCGGAUGAUGGGCAGCAGCUCCCUCGGCCUUGAAAGAACUCGAGGGAGAGCCCUGGACCCCUUGGCCCCCGAGGGCCCCCCUCCAGCAGACCCAAAGGCCUCCGCUCUUAUGGCCUCUGGCAAGGUGAUAUUGGGAGACUGGGAUGCAUCCUUAAAACAGGCCACUUUCCCCACAUGACCCCAAGUCCUUUGGGUGACUUUAAAAGCCCCCGACUGAUUCCGAACCUUGCAGGUGGCUUUAGCGACCAGCCUGGCCUGCACCUCUGGCCUCAGCUGGGCUUGCCCCUGAGUCUGUAAGGAGAGGGACUUCCCUGGGGACUCUGUGUGUGUGUGUGUGUGUG